AUGAUAAAUGGGGAGCGCCACAAACGCCAUCUGAGCGACACUGGUCUGUGUCAGGUUUGCAAAGGAGGAGAGGAAGCAAUAAUUCACAUCUUGAGAGAUUGCCUGGCAAUGAAGGGUUUAUGGCAAUGGAUUGUUCCCGUAAGGAGGAGGCAAGAGUUUUUCGGUGCACCACUAUUGAGCUGGCUAUACAAUAAUCUGGGAGCCAAACUUGAGUUGGGAGAUUAUAAUUGGUCAACUUUAUUCGCGGUGGCAGUUUGGUGGGGAUGGAAAUGGAGAUGCGGAAAUGUGUUCGGAUCGUAUGGAAAGUGCCGAGAUCGCGUAAAGUUCAUCAAAGAUAUGGCUAGAGGGAUCGCGAAAGCCCAUGUUCCGGGUAACAGUGGAGGGAGAAUCCAUAGAGUCGAGCGACAGAUAGGAUGGGAGCCUCCAAAGCAGGAUUGGUGUAAGAUAAACACAGAUGGGGCAUCACGUGGGAACCCGGGUUUGUCUGCAGCCAGAGGAGUGUUGCGUGAUGCGAAUGGCGCUUGGAUAUGUGGUUUACGCUCAAUAUAG